CGAUGCUGAAUGGGUGAAGAUGAGUCGAAUCGCGCUAGUGAUCUCUCACCGCGCAGUACAAAUACCACCUGCGCUUCCACGGCAGCCAACCCCAGUCCUAGUUGUUGUUGACGAUCAGCCACCUGCUAAUACAGCUUCAUUUCGUAUCCUGCUCGAAAGACGCUGCUACUUUCAACACAUCUUGCUCCUGCUGACGUUCGCACAAUGGCAACGCGCGUCACAGUUGCGAACAACGCGAAGCAGUCGCAAAAGACUCCACUAGUGAUUCCUGCGUCCCUCACGACAGACCCUGCAGCCGCGAGUUCUGUACGCGCACUGGUCUUCAAAACUGCACAGUCCAAAUUAAAAGUGAAGAAGCCGUCACGGGUCUUCGUCAAGCAGACCGGAUAUGAGCUAGUCAACGAGCAAGACUGGAAGAGCAGCAUGAGCAAUGAUAUCGUGCUGCUUGUAUCUAGCGGAGAAGAGUAUGUUGGUGUUGGAAAGGAAACAGUGGUUCAUGAGGAUGUAAACUCCAGUUGUCCCGUCGAAAUUCUCGCAUCUAAUGCAGAAGUCGAGUCGCUCGCCAUAACACAGCUUGAUACUACAGCUCACACUCUUCCCGGAAUCAUUCAUGCCGUGGGCCAACCAGAUCUGCAUCCAGGCACCAAGUUUCCCAUAGGCGCCGUCUUUGCUUCGAAAAAAUGGAUUCACCCACCACUCAUCGGUGGGGACAUCGGAUGUGGUAUGGCGUGGUAUAGGCUUGCCUUAUCCAGAAGUCAAGUCGAUGGCGACAAGGGCAAGAAGGUCGCCGAGAAACUGCGUGGACUCGAAGGGCCAUGGCGCACACAAGAGAAUCGAGAAUUAUGGCUGCAAGACCGGGAAGGCAGCUGCUCCGCAGGCGAAGAGUGGGAUAGCUCGCUAGGAACCAUCGGUGCAGGCAACCACUUCGCAGAGAUACAGGUAGUGGAAGAGUCGUCCAACCCCUCCCAUGAGGGUAUCCGCCAAAACGAUGUUGUGUUACUGGUCCACUCAGGUUCACGCGGCUACGGUGGCAGCGUGCUUAAGAAAUAUACAGCUGAUUCACAAGCCAGCCUAGAGGAGGGAAGCCCUGAAGCAAUUGCAUACCUGGAAGAGCACGACAAGGCAUGUCGAUGGGCAAAGGCGAACAGGGACCUGAUCGCUCUACGCUUCCUGGCUUGCCUUGAGCCUGGUAACGAGAACUGGCAAUUAGGAGUCUCUGAUCCUGAUAGCUCGACUGACAUUCAUCUUACGAUGAUUGAGGAAAGCAAGUUGGCCCUGCAAGCACGGAAGGUGGUCGACAUCUGGCACAACAACGUCGAACGGGUACAGUGGCCUCCUUCAGCACUACCAUCUUCCGCAUCAGGCUUGGCAGAGGUUACAAGCAACCUUUCACUUAAAGAAAAUGAACGCACCCAGGAGUACGUCUACAUCCAUCGCAAAGGUGCCGCACCUACCUACGACCCAAGGACGCACCUGCCACUCGCCCUUCUGCCUCUUCCGGGAUCUCGAGGAACACCGACCCUCAUUCUCCAGCCUUCUUUCUCGGAAGCUACGUCAUGGGGACUCAAGAAUGCGUUAUCUUUGGCUCACGGUGCUGGGCGAAGCAUGUCUCGAGCGAAAGCACUGUCGUCUCUGUCCCAGAAGUACAGAGGUCAGAAUAUUCUGCAACCAAGAGCUGGAGAGGCCGAAGGUACCUGGGUGAUCUGCGACGAGAAGGACUUGGUGUUCGAAGAGGCUCCUGAUGCGUAUAAGGAUGUCCAAGCUGUGGGUCAGGACUUGGUGGAUGCUGGUGUCGCAACUAAUAUUGGCUGGUGCAGGGCGAGAGUAAGCUACAAAGUGCGCAACGAGACCCGCUGAUUGCAAACAUAGUCACACACGCAAUCUCGCGGUCAUCCGGCAGUGUGAUCCGAAAGCUGCGAUAUUGUGAUGAGCGUUAGCCAAGAAUGC